AUGCUCGAAAAUCGACCGCCGGCCCAGGAUGCUGCGGUGCCCCUGUCCAAACCCAACCCACUCCAAACUCUCUUAACUGAUUUCCAUGAGGAUGACUGCAUUGUUUCCACCUCGUCAAACCAGUCGGACUCGUACACGAUUCCAUUAACAGCCGAGAGCACAACAUUUUCUGAGUCCGAUAUGUCAAUGUUGAACAAAAGCACGGGGGCGACAAGCAUUAAUCCGGUGCCACUGGCCGGGGUUGACAGCAGGGAAAUGCUCGGCACCGAAGCGAUAACGGAAAUAAUGCAAGCGGAGUUGUAA